AUGAAUGGUAAAACCAGUAAAGAACAGCAAAUGGCACAGCAAGUUCAGAACAACAAAAAAAGUGAAGGAAUAGAGUCAAUCCCAGAAGGAUUAGCAUAUGCAAUGCAUAUGCCUUUUAUAAAACAGGCAGUAACAAACAAAAGCCCAGAUAUCAUUACUCAAAGAUACUCACAUCAAGUUACAAUCAAAUGGGAUAUACCAGCAGAUUUAGAGGAAAAGAUGCCUCUGGCUUCGAAUAAAGUUGAAGAAGGUGAUGCAAUUUACAAUGAGUCAGUUUCAUCUAAUGAUGAAGGAAAUUCGAGAUUUGAUGGUGAUGAUAGCAAGUUUGUCAACAAUACCGAUUGGGAUCCUGAUCAUCAAAUCAGUGAGUAA